GCGCGGCCGAGGAGGCGGGGAGCCGGCUCGCCGAGGGACUCGGCCGGGCGCCCAUGGCGUUCGCGCUGCUGCGCCCGGUCGGCGCGCACGUGCUGUACCCCGACGUGCGGCUGCUGAGCGAGGACGAGGAGAACCGCAGCGAGAGCGACGCGUCGGAUCAGUCGUUCGGCUGCUGCGAAGGCCUGGAGGCGGCACGGCGAGGCCCCGGCCCCGGGGGCGGGCGACGGGCGGCCGGCGCGGGCCCCGUGGUGGUGGUGCGACAGCGGCAGGCGGCCAAUGCGCGGGAGCGGGACCGCACGCAGAGCGUGAACACGGCCUUCACGGCGCUGCGUACGCUCAUCCCCACCGAGCCGGUGGACCGCAAGCUAUCCAAGAUCGAGACGCUGCGCCUGGCGUCCAGCUACAUCGCUCACCUGGCCAACGUGUUGCUGCUGGGCGACGCGGCCGACGACGGGCAGCCGUGCUUCCGCGCGGCCGGCAGCGCCAAGAGCUCCAUCCCCUCGGCCACUGCCGACGGCGGCCGCCAGCCACGCUCCAUCUGCACCUUUUGCCUCAGCAACCAGCGUAAGGGGGGUGGUCGUCGGGACCUGGGGGGCAGUUGCUUGAAGGUGAGAGGGGUGACCCCGCUUCGAGGACCACGGAGAUGA